CAAAUCGCCAAGGCGGACCGCGCGCAGGCUGCAAAGCUAAAUCUGGGGCGAAGGGUGGGAAGUGAACGCACCGAGGCGCGGCCACCUCGCCGAGAUCGACGGGCCGACGCAACCCAAGCCGGGGGGGCGGGGGCGAAGCGAUACAACCAACCCCCCCAGCGCGUCGUCGAGCUCGCCUGCGGCGAAUAUUCGGACGGGACGGGAUAACGCCCGGCAAGGUCCGGUUCCCCCCCCUCUCUCUCUCUGUCUCUCCCGGUCUUCCCAAUCUUUGGGCGAUGGCGACGGCGUUGGGGGAGGAGGCGGAGGUGGAGCGGCCGAUGCUGGAUGAGGAGGAGGAGGAGGAGAGGAAGGGGAAGCAGGGGAAGGGGAGGCGGUACGGGCUGGUCGAGUACCGGGCGCUGCCGGCCUACAUGCGGGACAACGAGUACAUCCUCCGCUACUACCGCUGCGAGUGGCCGCUCCCGCAGGUGCUCCUCUCCGCGUUCUCCAUCCACAACGAGACCCUCAACGUCUGGACGCACUUGAUAGGAUUCUUCAUCUUCCUUUCAUUGACCAUAUACACCGCAACGAAAGUUCCAAAUGUUGAUUUUCAGAGCCUGCAGCAUUUACCUGAUAUGCUGAGAAAGGCUGAUCUUCAUAAGAUUCAGGCGGAGCUCGCAGCAUGCCUUCCUGAUUUACAAAAGAUGAAGGAUGAAAUGAGGAGCUCUUGGAAUUCUAUUGAGAUGCUCCCAUCAUUAUCUCGUUGGCAUCUCCUGGAAUUACUGUCAAGUUGCUUGCCAAACAAGUUCGUCCAUCCCAAUGAAACCAAUCUUUCUGUUCUUGAAAGCAUGAAGGAGGAUGUAGCGAUCAUGAUUGGGCCACACUUUAUUAGGCCGAUCUCUAGGUGGCCAUUUUUUGCCUUCAUGGGAGGUGCCAUGUUUUGCCUUCUUGCCAGCAGCACAUGCCACCUUCUCUCCUGCCACUCUCGCCGCCUUGCAUAUAUUAUGCUUCGGCUAGAUUAUGCAGGCAUUGCUGCUCUUAUCGCCACAUCAUUCUACCCUCCAGUAUACUACUCUUUCAUGUGCCAUCCUUUCUUUUGCAACCUCUAUCUAAGCUUCAUAACUAUUUUAGGAGUAGCAACUAUUGCUUUCUCUCUGCUCCCAGUCUUCCAGAACCCUGAGUUCCGAACCAUACGAGCAUGCCUCUUCUUUGGCAUGGGAGCAUCGGGUGUGAUCCCUGUUUUCCACAAGCUGAUCCUUUUUUGGCACCAACCAGAAGCAUUGCACACUACUGGAUAUGAAAUUUUGAUGGGGCUUUUCUACGGGCUUGGAGCAUUGGUGUACGCAACUCGGGUACCUGAGCGCUGGAUGCCUGGGAAGUUUGACAUUGCCGGGCACAGCCACCAGCUCUUCCACGUCUUGGUUGUUGCUGGAGCAUACACUCACUACCAUGCAGGGCUCUUGUACCUGAAGUGGAGAGAUCAGCAAGGCUGCUAAAAGUUGUUCUAUGGUUACAGGAUGUGGAUAGAUUUGUUGGUUCUUCGAUUGUGUCUCGCUGGCCAAUAGAGGACUGUUGAAAUUGGGCAGAAGACCCUGCUGGUCUGUUGUAAAUUGUGUACUAAGCAUAAACAAGUGAUAUCAGGUAAUUAAGGUGAUUAUAUUCUGCAACAUUUUUUUACAGCA